AUGGCAGCGAUUCUGAUUUUCGCGGUGUCCAUCCUGCCGAUCUUCGUCCACGCGACGCCUUCCGUCUGGUCAUGUCCGUUCAUGAGCCCAAUGAUGCCGCCCGGAUUGGCCCCAGUCGGAGAAGAGUGAGUUUUGCAAAAACUCGGCCACGGCCGCUAGCUUCUCGAUAGAUCGCAUUUGCAACAAAAAUGCUUCAGCUGUCCGUCGGACUCGUUCGUUCACUACUACUCGUGCUGCGACGACAAUCCGUUCCAAUGCUGCUUCCAUUUCGAAACCUGGGCCAUGUUAGUUCAUUUUUUUUUAACGGAAAAAAGCGGAAAACUCGUUUUUACCACAGUUUUACCCGCCUGAAAAAAAAGUUUCGUUGGAAAGCAUAAAUUCGCAAUAUUGCAAACACUUUCCAAUUUGUUUGAAAAGAAAAAGAACUUCGCUGUAGAGCGAAUUUCUUUUUAAAUUUUCAGCGUAAUAUUCGGGAUUCUCGGUCUCGUUCUCAUCGUCGGAAGCCUUUUCGUCGCCGGAAAACUGCUAAUGGCUCCGCCGAAACGACAAGGAGCAAUUUAG